CCAAUGCACCUCACCUCUUCGCUCACAAUCCUCGAAAUCCUUCUCCCAGAUCUCCGCUCGCCUCCAAAAUGGUCAUCUCCUUCAUUCUAAUCCAAAAUCGCCAAGGCAAGACCCGGCUAGCGAAAUGGUACUCCCCCUACAACGACGACGACAAAAUCAAACUCAAAGGCGAAGUCCACCGUCUCGUAGCACCUCGUGACCAAAAGCACCAAUCCAAUUUCGUCGAAUUCCGCGGCUCCUCGAAGAUCGUUUAUCGCCGAUACGCCGGGUUAUUCUUCUGCGCGUGCGUAGAUGCAAACGAUAAUGAGUUAGCGUAUUUGGAAGCAAUACAUUUCUUCGUUGAAGUACUGGAUCAGUUCUUUGGGAAUGUGUGUGAGUUGGAUUUGGUGUUCAACUUCUAUAAGGUUUAUGCCAUUCUGGACGAAGUCUUCCUUGCAGGCGAAAUCCAGGAGACUAGCAAACAGGUGGUGCUUACGCGAUUGGAGCAUCUGGAUAAAUUGGAGUAGGAGAACGGAGGGGUGAGAAAGACUGGGUUGCAUGCAGAAGGGCGGAGCAUCUUUUCGUGUUCCACUUAUGCCGGGAAGAAUUACAGCUGAAAUGAUGGAGCCACAUGAGCAUUGGGACAUGGCUGCCGCAGUUGCUCAGGCAACUUCGUGCUGAGGGCCUGGAGAGGAGUCAUUGCAGCGAUCGUGAUCGGCCGUGGAAUGAGAUGCGUAUACCAGGAAUCCGAGGCGUGCGAGCCCAUCUCGCGCCUCCGGACCGCUUCGGCUUGGACGAAUAGCACCAAUUCAAGCAUAGGGAUUUCAUGGCCAGAGAAGCAGACCGAGGAUGAACACGUGCGAGACAUCGAAUUUGAUGUCUAAUUGGCGGGCGUGGAAUGGUUGACGAGCCAGGGCCAUGACUGGAGGCAUGUAAGGCUCGGAACAGCGCCGGUGUUGGAAACAGAACAGCCACCGAGCGGAGCGCACAGAGCAGGACCAGUCCCAGACAAAGCAAAAAGCCGCGAGAAGACUUUAGCGAAAGAUUCAGGGAGUUUGAUGCUACUCUUACAUAUCUUCAAGUAAGAUGUGAUUGAGCUCACGAUGUAUUUCGUCGUGUGCUUGCGAAUGCAGCCCAGUCAGCCGCAGCACUAUAGCCACUGCUUCACUUAGCGGAGCGAUCAGCGAUCGAGUCGCGGUCCAAUUAGUCCAGGAGCUUCACAU